AUGGGUGUCGAGGAAGACGAAGCUCGAGGUGAACUCGACUCUCGCACCACUGCAACACCACCGCCUCUGGGCUCGCAGCUGCAAUCCUCCUCUCACACACUUACCCCCAGGAAGCGAGAUGGCUUCCCUGCAUUUCUCAAGGGGAAGCGUGUCCUGUUGGCCACUGAGUCCCUCGGUCCCGUGAACGGUGUAAGUCGCACCACUUUGAUGCUGAUUGAGCACCUGAGAAAGAAUGGCGUCCAACUCGCCAUCGUGGCCCCUCACUCUAGGCAGUCGAGACUGAAGCCCGCCACGGGAGCCGGCCUGACAGAGUUUCGGUUGCCUGGUUACGAGCUCCCUUACAACCCUGACUUGACCGUGGUCUACCCGUUCCAGCUCGAUGAGGUCUACAAGCACACUUUCAAACCCGAUAUUGUAUACUUGGCCAGCCCGGCUUCCACUGGCUUCCAGAUGCUGUUCCAGAUCCGGCAGUUGCAAGACCCACCUGUGGUUCUCCUCAACUUCCAGACCGAUCUGUCGGCUUACAGUGAGAUUCUCUUCCCCGGCCCUGUCGCCCGGUUUUCCGUCUGGCUGCUGGGAGUUGUUCAGGGCUUCUUGUUCAACCAUUGCUCCGUGCACACAAUCUUUUACCCCUCGUCCGGCGUCCGUCGGUAUCUUGAGAAGGCAGGCGCUCCCAGCAACAAGAUGGUCAAGCUGGGUCGAGGAGUCGACACAAGUUUAUUCGAUCCGUCCCGCCGGGAUGAUGGAUACCGCAAAGAACUGGCGCCGAAUGGAGAGAUGAUACUAGUAUGUGUCUGUCGACUGGCACCGGAGAAAGGCUUUGAAUUCUUGGCGCAGGUUGCCAUGCGACUAGCCAGAGAUGGAUUUCCGUUCAAAUUGCUCAUUGUGGGAGGGAAUAUGAGCGCCGAGGUUGAGGACGAAGUGCACCACCUGUUUGAUGAUGUGAAGGAGCACGUUGUCUUCACGGGUUUCCGCACCGGGGUCGAUCUAGCCCGAGCAUACGCUACCGGUGACGUCUUCCUUCACUGCUCCAUCACGGAGACUUUUGGCCUGGUGGUUCUGGAAGCGAUGGCCAGUGGCCUUCCGGUGAUCGCGCGUGAUGAGGGAGGGCCUUCCGAUAUCAUCCUACAUGGAGAGACGGGGUAUCUGGUCCCUCCGCACGACCUUGAGCAGUAUAUCGCUCUCAUCAAGGGCCUCCGGUCCGACAAGGACCUGCACUCGGAUAUGGCGGUCGCCGCCCGCCGAUACACAUGCGACGUCACCUGGGAGAAGAUCAACCAAAGGGUAGCCUGGAAAAUGACCGACGGACUGCGACAACACCUGCAACGCAAGCAGUGGAGAAGACCUAUCCGCAACUUCAUUGUUGCAAGAUACCAGGGUGUCCGGGACGGCCUUGUCAUUCCAGCGAUCGUCCAGAUCAGACUAUACCUAGCCGCCAUGGUCGUGUACAUCAUCUGGUUCAUGACAGCCUUCGUUCUGCUCUGCUACGGACACAGGGUCUUUUCGAGAGCAGCUCAACUUCUGCGAAACCCGCCGCUCGUCCUCCAGCGGUUACAGUAUCGCGCCCUGCCGGCUCUAAAGCAUGGCAUCAAAGAGACUCUGAAGGGUUUGACCUCGGGUUGA